GUAUGUCUCUACUUGAUGUCCAGCACAGGUGGCGCUUCAGGCGAUGCAAGUCCAAGCUAGCUCUCCGGCAGCACAGGUUUUUGCCAGCCGCAAAUCGCGACUCAAAGUCCUCAUACGUGCGACUACGAGGCGGCACAGCAGCGCUCUGGCCGCCCCUGGGAGCUGCGCAACCGCAGCGCUCGUCUCCGCAGCGUGCGCCCACGCAUAAAGCCAAAAAUAGCAUCACAAGCAGGAGGAUGUUAAAUUGGCUGCGGCGGCCGGACGCCAAGGAGUUGGGCAACUCAGCGUUCAAAGAGAAGAACUUGGAUGAAGCCGUACUCCAAUACACGCGGGGUUUGGAACUCUGCCAGGGCACGGCGCAGACCGAGGAGCGCUCGAAACUGCUCGCGAACCGGUCGGCGGCACAUGCGAAGCUCGGCGACUAUGAAGCCGCCUUGGCCGACGCCGAGGAGGCGGCGAGACUGCAGCCGGACUGGCCCAAGGCCUGGGCGCGCAAGGGCAAGGCGCUGACCUGUUUGCAAAGGCAUAAGGCCGCGGCAUCGGCAUACGCGCGAGGAUUGGAAAUGGCCUUGACAUUGAUGCAAAAGAAUGACGAGCGCCACGAGCGCGAGCUCGAAGCCCUACAAAAGCAGGCCAAGACCGCGUCGGACUCGUACAUGGCGCUGCUCGGCGAGACCGAGACGCUCAAACGCCAGCUCGAGGACUACACGCUCAUGUUCGGCGAGCGCGAGACCGGCGGCAAGGCCAAGGCGGGCUGAUCCCCCCGGACGGUGCGUCGAUGGCGUUCGGGGGCGCCACCCCAACGCCAUCGACGACGCGAUGUGUGUAAAAAUGUGUCUGUU